CGCUCCACGACCGCAUACCCAACAUCCAACUCACCGGCACCAUGAAUCUCACCGCCUAUUCAGAUUCCGAGUCCGACGGCGAGGCAUCGCGCGCUCCCAAACCAGCAGCGAAACCAGCGCUGAAGCCUGCCUUCCAAAAAGUCGUCGACCGCUCCAACCCAGGACGUAUUAAGGUCAACCUGCCAGGCGCAUCGCAACCCCAAGCGGAGAAGGACGACAUACAGGAUGGAGCCCCACCGGCAAAGAAACCGCGCCUUGGAGGAGGAGGUCUUGGCGGAUUCAAUGCAAUGUUGCCUGCGCCAAAGAAGCCAAACGCGAGUGCAGCAGCGGCGACAGCUAGUGCAGCAGCUGGGAAGAAAGGGCUCGGUAAAGGGCUGGGUGCUGGUGUCAACUUGAGAACUGGUGCAGAGCCUGCAUUCAAAAGAGAACCCCGGACAGAAGUUGACGCGUAUGACGAGAACGGCAAUCCCAUAAAGAAGGAACCUUUGGGGAAGGAUGAUUUUAGGGCCAUGUUGAACCUGCCGUCACCAAAGACAGAAUCGCAGGCCGAAACGAGGACGAAGACAGCUACCGAUGAUCAAAAUGCAGAGCCAGAGACCGCACCAAAGCCUACAGCUCCACGAUUCGUACCCAUGUCGGUUGGUAAGGGCAAGAAGAAGAAGCCUUUGGCUCCUCGGCCCGCUGUCACAUCAACGCAAGGCACAACCACUACAAAUGUACCAGCUGUCGCGGCCCAGCCAUCAGAUGUAGAUGCCAAGCCUCCACGGAAGCCCAAGGUAUCUCUCUUCGGAGUUUCACAAGAGGUAGACAAUCGCGUCAAGGGUCCAUCAGACGGCCAGUGUCAGCCACUAUUGUAUGGCGCAGACGAUGACGGCGAGGCCCCAGUUCCCGACGAAGCCUUUGCAACGCAGUCUACUGCACAGGACACGCAACAUGUGCCGGCACAGGCCAACGCAGCGGCACCGCACGACCUCACCAACAUUGCAUCCGAGCUGAACCUCUCCAAAGCGGAGCGGCGGCAGUUGUUCGGAAACAAGGGACGUGGUGGUCCAGACUUCUCCUCAGCUAAGAUUGUAGAGUUCAACACAGAUACUGAGUAUGCCCACAACGAGAAGUUGCGACAGCAGGGUGAGCAGGUACAGCAUAACCCGCUCAAGUCCAUCUCCGGUACGGGCAAGAACAGCCUGAGGAGCCUGAUCAACGUAGCGGCAACGCAGAAAGAUGCUCUGGAGGAUCACUUUGCUUCCAGCCACCGAAAUAAGAGGGAGGCUGGCAGUAAAUAUGGAUGGUAACUGACUGGUCUUGAGGAGCCCUAACUUAUGCUCGGACCUGUUUCUUGUAUGAAGUCAAACUACAAUACAUGACUAAUAGCCAACAACGGCACAUUCAUGGCUGAGUAUUGCUCGCUCCUUCCGUUACCAACAUUGUGACGUCAUUUCCUAUAAGGUCUUCUUGUUGCCCCCAUUCUCUCCCGCCGCCCAGGUCUCUUUUGUACUCUCUAUACUUUGUCUUCUUUUAGAUACCACGCGUUGUUUUGAACUCGGUGCCACAGCUGCAUGUAGGAAUCAAAGUGGUUUAACUCACUGUUAUUAUUGACGUUACAAGAUGGAGCAUACAGCAGCCUGCUUAUACAAACGC